AUGGCCAUCUUCGGCUCCCCAGCAAACCCCCCUGCUCGCCAGCAGGCUCAGCAACGAAAUGCUGCCGCUGACAUCGCCCCAUGGGAUCUCAGACCCCCAAAUGACGACGAAAUCGCUCCUUGGGAACGAGGUCCUCAAGCCCAGAUCACAGGCAUACGCCCCUUCAACCAGUCCUACUUCAACGAUGCAACCCCUCGUGAGGCUCAACCUUCCGUGCGACCGGAUACUGCCAAAACAAACAUCUCAGACUCCCCGGACUUUGACGCCGACGCUCGCCGCCCUUCAAUAGCCAGCGCCACUACCAUCAGCAGUACUGGUUCAAGAGGGAGUGCCGUCAACGGACGUUUCCACAAGAGUCUUAAGGGUUUCUUUGGCGAAGAUCCCACCGACUCACGCAAGGGCUCAACCGCAAAUCUGCCCGACCAGGUUCAACCAAAUCUUUUCGCAGAGAAGCCGCCCCAGAGGAGUGGCUCCGUUCAGACACAGAAUACUGCAGAGGAGCGGCCAAAGACCCCUGCUCCCCCUCCAUCAAGUGAAGUCACCCCCUGGGCAUAUCAGAACUUCGAGGACGUCUCAAAUUUUGGGUCUGCUCCUAUACGGCAGCCCCCUCAGAAUGAAUCAGUUGCACCAAACAACAGUUCAAGUGCCCCCUUGCACCGCCGGGGUCUCUUACACCGCCAUACUAGAAGUAAGGAGGAUCCUCCCAAGGGCCAACAGGCCACGAGUGCCAUUCCCAAACGUCCAUCUACGAGUCGAGAAUCUUCAACAAGUAACCUUGGUCAUUUCCGAGGAACCCCCCAGACCAGCACUCCGAUGAGCUCCUCCACCGCUCUUCCUCGCAACACGAGUCCUGGUCCUGGAUCUCGCAAAGAAGCCUCUGCCCCCACGGAGAAGCGCUCAAUCUUUUCCAAACUCAAGCACCGCCAUCACAAGGAGAAACAACCUCCACAACCCGAACCUUUACGCACCGCCAUCGAGCCUGUAAGCCCACCGGAAGAACUUAAGAAGCCCAGAUCGCACUCAAAUCGCGCAAAUACAUCUGAUAGUCAGGACAACAAACGAGACAGGGAAACUAGUGUGGCCUCUGUUGACAGUGCCUCUACUAUCAAAGCCUCAGACAGUUCCCCAAAGGUCGAUCGCACCUAUACAGCACAAUCAACCAAGUCUAGUCGGUUUGGACGGCAUGGAAGACACCGUGGUCCAAGUUUCCAGCAAGAGCCGCUCGAGAGGAAAACCACGGCCACACAGGCACCAAUGCAAGCUGGUGUUUUCAAUCUCGACACCAAUUUUGACGAUAUGUCGGAUAUCAUUGCCCAGCCUCAGGUUCCCAAGACCCCUGUCGACCCUGGAAUAUUUACCGGCAGCAAGAUUGCCCAGACUCCAGCAUCUGAGAUCUCUGCGCCUGCAUGGGAUGCCCCCGACAGUUGGGCUGUCAAAGGCCAAGAAGACGAGGUGCUGGAUGCUUUACCUGAAGCUAAUGAAGAUGGCCUACCUGCAAUUCAGGAGGAGGACGGCAUCUCAUAUUUCAUGCGAGUCUUUAGAAGUGAUGGCACUUUUGCAACCCUGUCCAUGUCCAUCAAUGCAACGGUGGGCGAGGUCUUACAAUCCUUGGCCAAGAAGUCUGUUCUUCACGAUUCAAUCGACAACUACCAGUUACUCAUGCGCAAGCACCAGCUAUCGCGGCAGCUUGGAGGCUCAGAGAGGCCUGUGGCGAUGCAGAAGAAAUUACUACAACUCGCAGGGUAUACGGACCGAGAUCGAAUUGAAGAUAUUGGUCGCGAAGACAACAGUUAUCUGAUACGCUUCACUUUCUCCCAUGAAAAACAGACUGGCUAUGGUAGUGGCCUCGACAAUGAUCCUGCGUUCAACAAGAUGCAAAAGUUCAGUCAUGUGGAUCUCCAAGGGAAAUCUUUGGUUACCAUUCCCAUCAUCCUAUACACCAAAGCCUCGGAAAUCAUCUCCAUUAAUCUGUCUCGGAACAUAGCCUUGAGGGUGCCGAAAGACUUCGUUACUGCUUGCAUCAAUCUCCGUGAAAUCAAGUUCACUGGCAACGAGGUCUGGCGCUUACCGCCUAGCUUGGCUUGGGCAACCCGGUUGACCGUGCUUGAUGUCUCCAACAAUCGCCUAGAACAAUUAGAACAUGCAGAGCUACAUCGCUUGAUGGGACUUGGGAGCUUGAAGCUCGCAAACAACAAACUGACGGCGCUUCCGGCGAACUUUGCCCAUUUCCGCCAACUACGUAGCCUGAACUUAUCCUCCAACAAUUUCACCACCUUUCCCGAGCAUAUUUGUGCUCUCAAGUCUCUAGUCGACCUCGAUAUCAGUUUCAACAAAUUAUCUUCCCUACCGAAGAUCUCUCAACUUAUCACUCUGGAACGACUCUGGGUGACCAACAAUGAUUUGAAAGGGCCAUUCAAUGAAAGCUUCAAAAGCUUGGUCAAUCUGAAAGAGAUCGAUGCUCGCUUCAAUGGGAUCACCGAUAUCGAUAGCGUGGCUCAGCUUCCGAAUCUAGAACAGUUACUGGUGGGUCACAAUAAUAUCACCACUUUCAAAGGCUGCUUCCAGAAACUCCGCGUCCUAGUUCUGGAUCAUUGCCCGAUCACUUCCUUUGAGCUUGAACAGUCCGUUCCCACCUUGACGAGCCUUAAUAUUGCUUCAGCAAAAUUGGUCGAGUUCAAGGAAUCGCUGUUUGAUUUUUGUCCCAACCUACAGAAGCUGAAUCUGGACAAAAACCAUCUUUCAUCUAUGUCUUCGCAGAUUGGAAGAUUGUCAAAACUUGAAUUCCUCAGCAUGGCCAAAAAUCCUCUGAACCUGAUCCCUCCUUCUAUUGGCAAUCUGGUAGAGCUUAAAUUCCUGAACUUGAGGGAAUGCAACAUCAAAAGUCUGCCGCCAGAGAUCUGGUACUGUCGGAAAUUAGAAACGUUGAACGUCUCUUCCAACGUGUUGGAAACGUUCCCUAAGCAGAAUGCUGCUCCACCUCCCAAUGAUGCCAGAGACUUGACUCCAGCCACGACUCCAGGUCUCUCGACUUCACCCAGCUUCGAAGAGCUCGGGAAGCUGGAAGACUUCCAGGCCCGAAGGCCUAGCCAAGCGUCUGCAGGGAUGAUGAGCAUUGGCAGUUCACCUGGUGGCGGACGGAAGAAUUCAGUCGCUUCAAUACCGGGUCAUCGAAAGGCUUCCGUGAUAUCAAGGACCAACACCGAAUAUUCCAUGAGUCCAGCUACGCGAAAAGAUUCCAAUAUCUCCCAGGCCAGGCUUCAAAACACCUUUGGCGGAUCGCUACGAUAUCUCUACUUGGCAGACAACCGACUUGAAGAUGACGUGUUUCGUGAGCUAGUCCUACUUCCGGAGCUGCGUGUCUUGAAUUUGUCAUACAACGAGCUUGAUGAUUUCCCUCAGGGAGUACUGCGGCGAUGGACUCAAUUAAGCGAACUGUAUCUCUCAGGCAAUGAGCUCACAUCACUCCCGUCGGAUGAUCUCGAGGAGAACAGCAAUUUAAGGGUAUUGCACCUGAAUGUCAACCGUUUCCAAGUACUUCCAGCUGAACUCUGCAACGUACACAAAUUAGCGACGCUAGAUGUGGGAAGCAAUUCACUGAAGUACAACGUCUCGAAUUGGCCGUAUGACUGGAAUUGGAAUCGCAAUACAAAUCUUAAGUACUUGAACUUCUCCGCCAACAAAAGGUUGGAGAUCAAGCCGGCAGCUCACCAGAAUCAGUCACAAUUCAAUUCAAUGAGUGGCGAGCAAACAACUGAUCUCACCAGCUUCAAUACCUUGAAAUAUCUGAGAGUGCUGGGGUUGAUGGACGUGACCCUCCUGACUAACACCAUCCCUGACGAUAACGAAGAUCGUCGAGUCAGAACCUCAGCAUCUUUGGUUGGUGCUUUAAUGUACGGCAUGGCAGAUACGUUGGGCAAAAACGAGCACCUUUCAACCCUUGAUCUCCUCAAGCCAAACUUUAGGGGUCAUGAUGCCGAAAUCCUCAUUGGGCUAUUCGACGGUCAAAGCAUGUCCAGUGGUGGCUCCCGGGUGGCGAAGUACUUGCAUGAGAACUUCCCUGCGAUGUUCUAUGAUGAGCUCAAAAGGUCUGAGGCAACUAAAGACACGCCGGUAGAUGCUCUUCGACGGACUUUCCUGUCUCUCAAUAAGGACAUGGCGAAUUUUGCCAGCAGCAAUUUCGAUACCAAGGAGCAUCGAUUGGCUAACGGCCAUAGAGGUUCUACAGUGGCAAAUAUUCUGGGUCCAGAUGAUCUUACCUCGGGCGGUGUGGCCACCGUUAUGUAUCUCAAUGGGACAGAGCUACACGUCGCCAAUGUCGGCGAUGCAGAGGCGAUUCUCAUUCAGUCCAAUGGUCAGCAUCGUGAGUUGACAAGAAAACAUGAUCCCGCGGAGCAUCGUGAAAGAGAAAGGAUACGAGAGGCGGGAGGCUAUGUCUCGAGACAAGGCAAGCUCAAUGAUGCCCUUGAAGUCAGUCGAGCAUUCGGUUAUUAUAGCCACAUGCCGUGCGUGAUUGCGGCGCCACAUACAUUCAACUGUGGCCUGACUGAAUCCGACGAGCUAAUUGUAGUUGCCACGAAGGAAUUUUGGGAUUACGUCACGGUUGACUUGGCCGUGGAUGUCGCCCGAGCUGAGAAGACUGAUCUCAUGCUCGCGGCACAAAAGCUUCGAGAUCUGGCAAUGGCAUAUGGAGCAAGAGAUAAGAUUAUGGUGAUGGUGCUGGGUAUCUCAGAUCUGAGGAAGAGAGGCAGUCAUCGUUUCCGUGGCACUAGUCUUUCCAUGGCCAAAGAGCUUGGUCUCGACGAGGGAACUAUCUUUCCAACCAGGAAAAAGAGAAGAGAUCAAACGUUGGUUGGCGAUUCUCGCCUGGCUAGACUUGAAGAGCCAGAAGCACCCAUUGGGGAAGUGGCUAUUUGCUUCACCGAUAUCAAAAACUCGACGGCAUUGUGGGAAAUUCUGCCCGUGCCCAUGAGAUCGGCUAUAAUGAUGCACAACGAACUUAUGAGACGACAACUGCGAAUUAUCGGUGGCUAUGAGGUGAAGACUGAAGGCGACGCUUUCAUGGUGUCUUUUCCCACUGUGACUUCUGCGUUGCUCUGGUGUUUCAGCUGUCAGAGUCAUCUCCUAGAACAAAACUGGCCAACGGAGAUUCUCGAGACAGUUCACUGCCAAGAGAAGCUCGAUGCGGACCAGAACCGGAUUUAUCGUGGACUCUCUGUGAGGAUGGGGCUCCACUGGGGCCGACCUGUGUGUGAGCAAGAUCCUAUCACGAGGAGAAUGGAUUACUUUGGCCCUAUGGUCAACAAGGCAGCCAGAGUAUCAGCGGUUGCUGAUGGUGGACAAAUCAGCGUCAGCACUGACUUUAUUGCUGAAAUCCAGCGGACCUUGGAGGCAUAUGCCGACGAUGAUCGGCGAGACUCGGUGGGUUCAGAGGAUACAGUCAACGAUGAUCCUCUGGCAAAUCAGAUACGACGUGAACUUAGACAACUGAGCAGCCAGGGUUUUGAGGUUAAGGAUCUCGGCGAGAAAAAGCUCAAGGGUCUUGAGAAUCCUGAGUAUCUCUAUCUGAUGUAUCCCCACUCCCUUGCAGGGCGUUUGACCAUUCCGCCAGGGGCUGAGAACAAGGUCCAACUGGGUGGUGACACUCCCAAUGCAAACGAGGAGAAAUCUGGACCUGGGGCUCUGGGUAAGAACACUAGAUUGAAUCUAGAGCUUGAUGAGGUUUGGAAACUUUGGGAUAUCGCAUUGAGAUUGGAGAUGCUCUGCAGCUGCCUCGAAACACCAGAUCGUGCAGCUGGCUUGCAAAAGCCGGAAUUGAGCCUCCUAACGCGGAUGAAGGAACGAGGCGGAGUGCAAACGGAUAGCUUCAUGAUGAAUUUGUUGGAGCACCAGGUGACCAGAGUCGAAUCAUGUGUAACUACACUGCAACUACGGCACAUGUUACAGCCGUUCCAAAAAGGCACUCCCCUUGUUGACCAAGCAGCUCCUAUCGCAGGGUUGUUGAGCCAAAUCUCUGAACUGCUCAGACAGGCCAACAGAUUGAAGGUAGGAGGACAAGCAGCCCAGGUAGAAGAGAUCGACCAAUAUGAAAUUGUCGACGAAGACGUGGAUGAGAGCGAUGAUGACGCUGAAAGUGCAGUGGAAGACACAGACUCGGAUUGA